AUGGACGUCAAACACGAUCGGUCAAGUCGAGACGUCGGCCACGAGGGAUCUGUCAUAUCGGCGACUAAGUCGACGAAGAACGGACUCGAAGAAGCCUCGAAUACCGCUGCCGACUGGGAAGCUUUGCCCUUAGACGAAUUGGCAGAAAAAGCAUUACUAAGAAAGCUUGACCGUUGGAUUGUCCCUCCGGUCAUGCUUCUAUACCUUCUCAGUUUCUUGGACCGUGUCAACAUUGGAAAUGCUCGGUUGUACGGUCUGGAGGAAGACCUGGGUCUAGAGGGAAACCAGUUUCAGAUUGCUGUUUCUGUCCUCUUUGUUACUUACAUUUUGUCCGAAACACCUUCAAACCUCGUCAUCAAAUACUUCACGCCGAGUCGGUACCUUGCCUUUUUGACGGUAAGCUGGGGCAUAGUGGCGACCUUGACCGGCAUUGUUCAAAAUUAUGUUGGCUUGCUAGCAUGCCGCGUAAUCCUGGGUGCCCUUGAGGGUGGCCUGACCAUCUACUUGACCAUGUUUUACACCAAGCGCGAGUACGCUCUCAGGAUCGGCUACCUCUUCGUCUCCGCCGCUAUCGCCGGAUCAAUGGGCGGUUUGCUUGCUUAUUGCAUCGGCCUAAUGGAUGGUGUUGCCGGUCUGCGUGCUUGGCGUUGGAUCAUCAUCAUUGAGGGCAUCCCCACUGUCAUCCUGGGCGUCACAAUUUGGUGGUGGCUUGCAGACACACCAGAUACCGCCCACUACCUGUCGAGCGCAGAAAAGGAUCUCAUUGAUGCGCGCCUGCGGCGGCAAGUCGGUCACACAAAAUCCGGGGAUGAAUUCCACAAAGAGGAUGCCAUUGCUGGCUUCAAGGACCUCAAGAUCUGGCUCUUCUGUGUCGGACAGUUUGGUGGUGACGUGAUCCUUUACGGGUAUUCAACAUUCUUGCCUACGAUCAUCAGCGGUCUUGGUGAUUGGGACAGGCAGCAAGUUCAGGCUCUUACAAUUCCUUGCUACGCCACUGGCGCCAUCACCUACCUCGUUGUGGCGUGGCUCUCAGACCGCAUGCAGAGACGAGCCAUGUUUGCUGUCGUUUCCGGGCUCGUCUGUACUGUGGGUUAUGCUAUUCUUGUCAGCAACGCAUCCGGAGGUGCAAAGUAUUUCGGCUGCUUCCUCGGCGCCAUGGGACUCUACGUUGUUGUUGGCAUCCCGCUCGCCUGGCUGCCUUCGAAUAAUCCCCGAUACGGAAAGCGCACAGUUGCCUCUGGGCUACAGCUCACGAUUGGAAAUUCAGCUGGCAUACCAGCUCCGUUUCUGUAUGCUACUUCUGAUUCACCCCGCUUCAUCAAAGGUCACGCCAUCAGCAUGGCAUUCGUCUGCAUGUCAUCGGUUAUAUACAUGUCAUUCUGGGCAUACUUCAAGUUCCUCAACAAGAAGCGUGAUGAGGGGAAGGAAGACGAGAAAGUAAGAGGCAAAACGGAAGAGGAAAUCCGGGAGAUGGGGGAAUACAAUCCCAGGUUCCGGUACACGUACUAA